UAAUAAUAACAGGUAGGUAGCAGACAUACACGUUUCCCUGGUAACCAUUUGGUCUACAACAAUGAUUUACAUUAUCCUUUCGCGAUGGCCUCGAGCAGACGUAAAACGCAGAAAACAAGCAGUUACAUCGUGUCGUGUGCUGACCACUAGAUCUGGGCUUUUGAGUUUUCAAAUUUUCAGUGAAACCCAGGAUACUUGAUCUAGAAUUUAAACAAUCGCAGCAUUAUGUGUAAAUGGACGAGGGAAGUGUGAAAUUACCACGUGUAUCGAGUUGAAGACAGUUGCAAAUAGUCCACAAAAAUGGGUGACCCAGAUCCUGCCAUCAUCAAACGGACCCAAACCGUCCUAGGGAAAUAUGUAAAAAAGCCGGCCCUAACGGAUAAACUGCUGAAGAAACCGCCGUUCCGGUUCCUGCACGACGUCAUCAAUGUGGUCAUCAAGGACACCGGAUUUUUGGGCGGGCUCUACACACCCGAUGAGCUGAUAUCCGAUAACAUCAAGGAUCGGGAUGCGAAGAUUGCCUAUCUGCAGAAGUUGAUUGAUGUUACCAAAUCAGUAACUGGCCAAGAGUUGAAAGUACGUCCCUCGAAGGUCGUUGCCGGUCUCGAGGCGGAUAAAACAAACGAACUGCUGCAGGCAAUUGGAACUGCUCUGGAUAAGAAGCUGGACAGCUCGAGCGCUGUCCAAGCCUACGUAAAAGGAACAGCGGCAGGUACUAGCAAUGGCAACAAUGAACCGGCAAUCACAAACGGAGUAAAAAGCAAAGAUGAUAAAAAGAAGGAGGAGAAGAAGGGUGUCGAAAAGGAGAAGGACAAAAGCAAAGAGAAAGAAAAGGAGAAAUCAAAAGACAAAGAUAAGGAUAAAGUAAAAGCAAAAGACAAAGAUCGAACAAAGCGAAACAGUGAUGCUCCGGAAACCAAAAAAGAAGACCUAAAGAACAAAAAGGAAAAGAUCGAAAAGACGAGUAAACCUAAAGAAAAAGAGAAAACAAGCAGCUCUAGUAAAGUGGAAAAAUCCAAAACUAGUAAAGUAGACCCCAAACUGACAAACGAUAAGAAGAAACUAGAAAAACAAAAAUCAAAAGAUAAAGAGAAACCGUUGAAACGAUCGGAAUCCAUCAAGGAAGAACCUGCUUCAGUGAAUGGAAAGCACCCGCUGAACAACAUUGCCGAAUCAAGCAUGGAAAACGAUAGCAAAGACUCACUGAAAGAAACCCAAGAUGCACCAGAGGUGCACGGCAAGAAGACUCUGGCCACCGCCGAGGAAGAACUGAUUGCCGUGAUAGACGAAGAAGCGGAAUUGCGUCGAUCGGAAAAGAACUCCAGCCGUAGAUCGUCGCUCAAGAAGCAGGGAAGCCUAACACCCAGUGAAAACAACGCUCUAGGAGAACUGAACCAAUACAACGGUCUGGAAAUUCAGGGACCAAGCCGGCAGAACAGCGGCAUCAUGGGGGAGCCCAUCGUUAGGCACGAUUCGGACCCGAUCGAACCGAUCGCGAGUGAACGGAUCGCCGUCAAGCCUACAAUAAACCGCCAACAAUCAGUGGACAGCGUGAUGCGACCGAGAACGAGCCUGCGGCCACCAAGUGUUCGACCACCUUCCGCGCGGCCUGGAGCUCCCCGACGGAAGGAGAAAAACGUCGAAAUUGUCCUGCAGCCAAACGAAACGACCAAGUUGGGCGAGAUCAACGUCAAAAUGGAAGUGUUCAACAACGAACUGCUGGACGACGACGGGGAAAAUCUGAUCGUCAUUGAAGAUCCCACUCAGGCUGGCGAUGUCUACAGUGGUGCACAGGUCGAAUCGAGUGAGGUGAAGGAAGAGCAAGAGCAAGGCCAUCUGGUGCAACAGAUUCUGGAAACGCAGAAGGAGUUCUCGAACAUAGCGGGACCAGAGGCAGCAGUUGAGGCUCCCAAGAAAUUGGAUAACGAAUGGACCACAAGUCAAAGACAAUCGUCCGUGAAGCAGAUGGAGAUGUUACGCGAGUCGAUUCAAAAGCUGACACGAUCUGUGAAUCCCCUGGGAAAACUGAUGGAUUUCAUACAGGAGGAUAUUGACUCUAUGGAACGUGAGCUGACCAACUGGCAGCAGGUUUAUUCGAGGGCGGUUGUUGAUCUAAACAAGGAACGAAGUGCGAAUGAAAAUGCAAUCGAACCGCUGAAACAUCAGCUCGCCCAGAUUGAGACCAACAUCAAGGAGUACCGCGACAUGGUGGACGUAACCAGGGGUAACAUUCUUCAAAACGAGCAAAAGAUUGAGCGAUUGUACAUGACCGAGAUUUAAGACAGUUUUGUUUCCCACGUGUUGUGUUUUCUACGACUUUAUAAAUUUUAAAUUUUAUAGGAAUCAAAAGUAGCUAGUACCUACUGAAGCUGUUGGGGCAGCAUGCAAAGUUUUGACAAAGAUAUCAUCAUGUAAACCCAGAAAAAACAUCGAUUAUGAAAUAUCGUACAUACAAAUCACAAUCUUGAACUGGCAUGAAAUUAACAAGAAUGCACGAAACUCAAAAUCAAUGAUAUUAAAAAAAAUCCGC